AUGGCCUCACUCACCACAGAGGAGUUACACCAUUGUGCAAUAUGUAGUUCAACACAAGUCCAGAUUUGCACUGGAUGUCUCUCUGUCUACUACUGCGGAUCUGAGCAUCAGCUGCAGCACUGGCCACAACAUAAAUCUCAGUGCUCCGGACUCAACAAGAGAUCCGACCUACUUGGACGUGCUGAGAAAUCGAGGGAAACAAGAUCAAAGAGUAUCUUAGAUGUAACAAACAGUCCUCCUUCUCCAGUCCCUACUCCCUCUUCCUCUUCUACCUCAUCUCAGAAGCAGCUGAAUAGUAGUACUGGUGGAUUGAGUGUGGAAGAGAAAGAAAGAAGACAGGCAGAGAGAGAGAAGUUCAUGACACGCGGAGUACUGCCACAGCUUCAACAGCAACUACAAAUGAAAGCUGCAGCUCAGCAGAAACAACAGUCCCAGACAACCUCACAGCCACAGUCACAACCCCAACAGAAUACUACUCCACAACCACAACAAUCCAUUAUACAAAUACAAGCAGCCAAUAUACAGAAGCAACAACAACAACAACAACAGAAUACUCCUCAACAACAACAGCAACAACAGCAACAACAAUAUCCACAAUUACCAUCGAAUAUUAAACAACAGAUUCAACAAAUACAACAGAAUAGUAAUAGUACACCAACAUCAACACCACCCUCGAAUACACCAACUGCUCAACGAAAAGUUACAUAUAUUAACAACAAUUCCAAUAGUUCAUACUCAGCACCAACCACUCCACAACAACCGAAAUCAACGGUUGUACACUCCUUCUCCUCCUCCAAUCUCAAUAGUAGCAGUGGUGGAUUGUCAACGUCAUCGUCAUUGUCGUCGUCGUCAGGCGGUCAACAACAACAACAAAGCAAUCCAUCCAAUCAACAAACGACUUCAUCGUUCUCGGCACCGCCAUCUGUCAAUAACUCUGCCGACUCUAUCGACAUCUCAAGCAGUAGUGGCAGUGUAAAGAAUAUACAAAGUCGACUUGGCCAGUUGAACUUCCAGAUUCCAUCGACUGCAGGAGCAGGCUAUCGUCGCUCAGUGAUGCCACCACCGAAAUCUGCACCGAUGACAGACAUUCAAGAGCAACCACAAUCACAAUCAACACCGACAUCGCCCACCAACAAUCUCACAACUUUACAGCAACAGCAACAACAACUACUUCCAGAAUCAAUGGCAUCGGUAGAACAAAUGUUAUCUCAGCUACAACAGAUAACACCGCCAGCUACUACCACCACCACCUCCAACACUACGACAACGACAUCCACUCCUACCACCACAGCAUCUACAGCCAACAGUUUUUCAACGCCAUCGACUCCACUGCAAAACUCCUCAGCCGGACCGGCCAGCACAAUGCCAGCACAAAAGAUAGUACCGCUACGAACACACAAGAAGAAUCAAUCGAUGCCAGAUAUCACUUCGAAUCCUGUAAUAUUAGAGAGACAACAGAAAUUACAACAACAAGAACAACAGCAACAGCAACAGCAGAACGAUGGUGACGACGAUUCAUUCAUACAAUUUAAAGAAAGAAAUCGUCCUAAAGGAUUAAGAUUUAAAGAAACACCCAUUGAUACUGAUGCUCCACCUGUAUCAGGAGGAAAACAAAGAAGAUCGGCCGAUUUCGAUAAUACUAAUAACUCUGCAUUCGUUGAGCAGACAGGUGUCACUGGUGGUAACAACAGUAAUUAUAGUAGAUUGGAAUCGGAAGCACCUUUGAUCGAACAAUCUUCAGAAGUACCAACACCAUCAGAACAACAACAGCAACAACAACAAACGACAACAGGUGGUAAAUUGGCAGAGAAAUUCAACAUCAUCAAAAAGAAGGCUGGUGUAGUAUCGGCACUUACCAAAACAAAAAUGUCAGAGGUUGCCCAAAAAGCAAAGAAAUCGCUCAACAAAGAACAACCACAAACUGCAUCAGAGAAUGCUGCAUCACAACAACAACAACAACCAAAUAUAAAUAUAGUUGAUUGUAAGAUAUUUGGACAACCACUACCGGUUGCUAUUCAGAGGACAGCUCAUGCACAUCCACUACUGCCGGAUCUUGUAUAUAAAUCGAUUGAAUAUCUGAGAGAACGUGGCACCAAGGAGGAGGGAAUAUUCCGUCUGAGUGGAAGUGCCUCUGCCAUUAACAAGCUGAGGGAGGAGUUUGACAGUGGCGCCGACGUUGACCUGUCCACCCAACUCGACCAGCACGUAGUGAGUGGCAUUCUCAAGCUGUAUCUCCGACAGAUACCAGAGACACUGUUCACCGAGGAGUAUCCCGAGGAGCUCGAAGGUCUGCGUGCCGGUGGAAACUCGCCCGAUGCCGUGUCGAUGCGUAUCAACGGUAUCACAGCGCUGUUGAAACAGCUACCGGAACCCAAUCGUUGUAUUCUACAUCAUCUGUGCUCGCUGCUCAACAUCAUUGCCUUUGAACCGAGCACCAAAAUGACGACUGUAAAUUUAGCAAUCAUCUUUGCACCGACACUUGGUUGUCCAGUUGAAGUGAUGACCGUACUCAUUGACUAUUAUGAACCAAUAUUUUCAGAACAAACUUAUGACUAUAUACAAUAA